GUGUGAGAAACGAUGGAAGAUCAGUAGCCGAGGCUGUUGUGCUUUGGAUGCAGUUAGUAACACGCUUUUCGGUGCGUAUGCUGAUGCCAGGCUGUUCUGUCGCAGUGUGAGCCCGGACGGUGGGAGCCUGACCGACAGAGGAACUACAUGUUAGCCGUGGCGUUGGUGUAUUUGGGCUAAAGCGCACUGCCAUCAUCAGCAGCAUCAACAUGGCACACUGGAGCACCUUUGAGAGGGAGACUGAGAAUGAAACCAAGAAGUUGAUCAAAUGUAUCUGCGAGAUGGAGGACGAGGAGGACCCGAACUUCCACUUGGCGCUGAAAUUUACAUGGUCAAAUUUUAAGUUUCAUCGUUUUCUGGUUGUGGACAGUCACAAAGUUCAGCGCAGCAUCGCCGGGAUCUAUGAGAAGCUGAUGGUCCACUCCGAAAUCAGCAAAGCAGGAAGCUGGAUGAGACUGACUGACGAGUUUCUCAACUCCCCGUUACCAAAUACAGAUGGAGUAAAGACUGAUUCACACUACAGCAUACUGUCGCUGCUGCUCCUGUUGUCAGAGUCUCCCUCAAACACAAACUUUACAGAGAAACCCCGAGUGAAGGAAAAAGAACCAGAAGACAAUUUUGACUGGGCUAAAUAUUUAAUGGAGGGUGAAGACAUAGACAUUGGACCAUACCCAGACACCCCUGAGUGGUCAGAGGAAGAGAGCGAGGAUGAUGACAGCCAGCAGCCUCUCAGCAGGGAGGACUCUGGGAUCCAGCUGGACCGAACCCCCCAGGAGGACCCGGACAACACAAACAAGACGGUUCCAGUCACAUGGACAACGGGCGAGCCCGGUGAUGCCCAGGCGUGGCUUGAACAGCAUGUCGUGACGCCAUACUGGGUGUCUCACGCUCCUCGGUUUCCUCACAGCUUGCAUUUGCACUCCAACUUGCUCAAUGUCUGGGAUCAGCACUUGUAUAACACUGAUCCAUUGUAUCUGCCAGAAGAAAAGGCCUUUGUCACAGAGUCCCAAGUAAUACGGGAGACGUUGUGGCUUCUGUCCGGCGUUAAGAAACAGUUUAUAUUCCAACACCAUGAUGGAAAAGUGUCUGUGAGGAAUAAUGUGGCAGUGACUCAUCUCACCAGCAACUGCCUACACUCCGUGCUGGAGCACAUCGCCUUGUACGGCCAGGCGGUGUUCAGGCUGCAGCGGUUCAUCGACGAGGUGACGGGCUACAGCUCGGAGCCCUGCCCACCGGGCUCCAGUUCCUCCUACAGCUCCAAGAAGGGGUCCGAGCCUCCCUUCAGGACCUACCAGGCCUUUGUCUGGGCACUCAACAAGAAUUUCACCAGCUUCAAAGCGGAGCUGACUACAAUUGAAAAAGAAGUCAUAUGCAAUGAUGAGACAGUGACCCUGUCGGCAGUGCUGGAGCGACUCGGCCCUCACCUGGCCCAAAUCGAAGUGCUGCACAAAGUCUUCUGCACGGGAGUCGCCGAGGUCCCUCCUGGCACCCCAAAUGUUGUUCGGGCCUCUCAUCUGCUCAACACCCUCUACAAGGCCAUCAUAGAGUACGAUAGUGUCGGAGAAGCAUCAGAGCAAACGGUAGCUCUGCUGUUUUCUCUGUGGACAGAGACAGUGCGCCCGUACCUGGAGAUUGUAGAUGAAUGGAUUGUUCACGGGCAUUUGUUUGAUCCAGCCAAAGAAUUCAUCAUCCAAAGAAACAAGGACGUUCCAGUAAACCACCGGGACUUCUGGUACGCCACCUACACGCUGUACAGCGUGUCGGAGACGGUGGAGAACGAUGAGAAGCUGAACGACUCGGCCAGCGGGAGCUCGGGAGGCGACCAGAGCUCCAGCAACAGGCAGCUCACCAUGGUCUCCUUCCUCAAACCGGUUCUCAAGCAGAUCAUCAUGGCCGGGAAGUCAAUGCAGCUGCUCAAAAAUCUGGACUGCAAAGAGCCCGAGCAGUCGGAAGGAUCCUCAAGAGACGCUGAGAGGAAAAGUUUGUACACGUUGUUCCUGGAGUCGGUGCAGUCACGCCUCUGCAGCCAAGAAGAGUCUCCGACAGACACGGUGACGGAGCAGCAGGCCACCCAGAGGAGUCUGGUGAAGAUGCAGUCCAUCAUGGCACAACACCUGGAGAUCGACGGCGUCCACGAUCCGCUGCUGGCCAUCAACUUCGCAAGGCUCUACUUGGAGCAGAAUGACUUCCACGAGCGUUUUUCUGGGGGCGACUUCAUCGUGGACCGAUCGUCUCAGUCUGUCACCUGCCAGACGUUCGAGCUCACCCUGCGCUCCUGCCUCUACCCCCACAUCGAGAAGCAGUACAUCGAGUGCUGUGGCAAACUGAUGAAGACCCUGAAAAAAGACUACAAGCUGCUGGAAUACCUCCAGGCUAUGAGGAACUACUUCCUGCUGGAGGCUGGAGACACCAUGUACGACUUCUACACGGCCAUCUUCAACAAAGUGCAGAAGAAUGAGAACUGGCAGCAGCCGUCAUUCCUGGACGUGCAGCUGCAGGAAGCUGUCGGACAGCGCUACCCAGAGGACAGCAGCAGAUUGUCGGUCGUCCUGGAAAAUAUUGAUUCGUCUAAGAAAAAGAAUCCAGUGACUAACAUGGAAGUUCUCACUCUGAGUUACAAGGUUCCCUGGCCUGUUGACAUCGUGAUCAGCUCCGAGUGCCAGAAGAUCUACAAUCAAAUGUUCCUCCUCCUGCUGCAGAUCAAAUGGGCCAAAUACAGUCUGGACACACUAAGAUUCAGCGAUAUCAUCGAGUUCACUAAGAAACUGGAGGAAACGAGUGGGAGCGCGGCUGGCAAGGUCAGACAGCAGAUUCACCGUUUGUGUCUGCUGCGGGUGAAACUCAUGCACUUUGUCAACAGCGUCCACAACUACAUCAUGACCAGGAUUCUGCACAGCACAGGUCUGGAGUUUCAGCACCAAGUCCAAGAAGCAAAGGACCUGGACCAGCUGAUCAAGAUCCAUUACCGAUAUCUGGCCACUAUUCAUGACCGCUGCCUGUUGAGGGAGAAGAUCUCUUUUCUGAAGGAGGCCAUCCUGAAGGUUCUGAAUCUCGCCCUGAUGCUCUCCGACCGAAGGCAGGCUGGACAGAGCGCCUUGAGCACUGAGUUCAUUGAUAAAGUUGAGUCGGAUUUCAACAACUGCCACUUGUUCCUGGUGAUGGUGCUCAACAAAGCAGUGUGCCGUGGCUCCUUCCCUCACUUGGAGUCUCUGACCCUCUCUCUGAUGGCGGGAUUUUAGCGGAGCUGAGUCUACGUCUCGGCGUCGUGGCUCCAUGGUCUCAAGUCUUCAGUUUUCCGUGUCAUUGCUGUCUUCUCUCCGAGUGCUACAGUGGUCCUCUGUGAAGUGUAAAUUGAUUUCAUCGGCUGUUGUGAUCAUUAAAGAUGACGUUGGAAUCGCUGUUGUUGGAGUUAGCCAAGCAAGCUAUAGCUGUGCACACAUCAGCCAGCCAGCCCCUCCCUCCCUCUCUCUCUCUCUCUCUCUCUCUCUCUCUCUCUCUCUCUCUCUCUCUCUCUCUCUCUCUCUCUCUCUCUCUCUCUCUCUCUCUCUCUCUCUCUCUCUCUCUCUCUCUCUCUCUCUUACAGCACCAAAAACAGCACAAUUGUAAAUAGAAAAGUAAAUGAUACAUGGUAAUUAAUUAUUAUUAUUGGGGGGGUUUU